UAUUUAAGCAAAGAAAGACAGUCCUAAUGACCUAACUGAGUUGGACAAACAAGGUUUUCAACAAAGAACUCGCGAUUAGCAUUCUCUCAAAUACAACACAGGCACCGACGAUUUUCACGAUUCUCUCUCCAUCUCUAUUUCGUGACAAGCGAUUUUCUUCUCUAUUCACAACCCCCGCCGGUAACUGGUGCUCUUUGCCACACUCGCAGGUUAAUGCUUCAUAGUGUUCUAAAAUCAAGUAGAUUUCUCUAUCCACAUAGAGAAACCCUUGGUUUGACCAGUACCAUUAGUGGUUGUGUCUGUCAUUCAGCAUUUAGUUCAAUGAAAGAAACCAAUUCGAAAGUGGAUUCUAGGGAACCCUGCAUCACAGAUUCUUUAUCUGUCAGUGGGAACGGUGCCACUUCAUCUAUGAGUGUAAAAUCCACCCCUGAAAUUGAAAAGAAGUUCGUACAUCACGUUUAUAAUGCCAUUGCUCCACAUUUCAGUUCCACCCGGUUCGCAAAGUGGCCGAAGGUUGCAGCAUUUUUGUCGUCUUUGCCUUUGGGAUCUCUUGUCCUGGAUGCGGGGUGUGGGAAUGGAAAGUACUUGGGUUUGAAUGAUGAUUGCUUUUUUAUAGGAUGUGAUAUAAGUUCUUCCUUGAUUAAAAUCUGUUCGGAUAGAGGACACGAAGUUUUGGUUGCAGAUGCUGUGAAUCUCCCUUACAGAACUGGUUAUGGUGAUGCAGCGAUAUCUAUAGCUGUGUUGCAUCAUUUAAGCACUGAAAAUAGAAGGAUAAAGGCCAUAGAAGAAUUGGUCAGAGUUGUUAAAAAGGGUGGCCUUGUUCUGAUUACAGUUUGGGCUGUAGAGCAAGAGGAUGCAACGCUGAUUUCCAAAUGGACUCCAUUGAAUGAGAAGUAUGUUGAUGAGUGGGUAGGACCAGGAAGUCCUCGUGCUCGGGCCCCCUCAUCUGUGUCAUUAGAAAGUAUUCCAGAAAGUGAGGAGAGCAGAUCUGGCGAGCACAUGAAUGUUUGCAAUGAGCCAAAUGUAUCAAGAGAUUUGGAGGAAGAAAAAAAUAUAAAGAAUCAACAAGAAUACUUUGUUCCCUGGCAUUUACCUUAUCAUCGUGCUGAAAUCAGCGGUGCCUCUGCUGAUGCUCUUGCUGCUGGUCUGGCUAUUAAAGAUGACAAAAAAGGUGCUGUGGUGUAUAAUCGAUAUUAUCAUGUUUUUAGUGAAGGCGAGCUUGAAAGAUUGACAACUGGAAUAAACAAUGCUAGAAUUGUUGAUCAGUUUUUUGAUAAAUCCAACUGGUGUAUUAUUCUAGAGAAGACAGUAUGACUAAGAAGAAACCUGGUGGAUAUGUCGGAGCAAAACUAGGCUGCUGCCCCUUUUGAUUUUAAGUCCAGCUUAUCAUCCUUGAGGGGCAGUAUAGGCCAGAGUGUAGUAGCUUAACAACUUCUACUAUAUUUAUCUUGCAAGUUAACUUUGUCUGGCUUCUAACUUGCUAUCAAAUAAAAAAAUGGAAAGCUACAGAACUUGAACAGUUAUGAUUCUCUGGCCAUUUUAUCAUCGAGUUCAUGCUGCAUUCUUGAAGCAACCCCAAGUUUUUAUUUAUUUAUUUAUUUUUUAUUUGCAAAGCCCAAUUUUGGUAGUAACAACAGGGCAUGAAGGACACCACUGUUAUGGAUGUGUUGGUGUCAUAGCAGGCACUGUCUGCUCAAGCAAUGAUGAAUAUCAUUUAGCCACCUACAGGAGCAUUUUUACAUGUAUUGGACAAUAUAUUUGACGGCUGGAAUUACACUGUUUUGGCAUGAUCUGCGCUUCCGUUCAGUUUUAAUGUAAUUUAAACUUACAGGGCUAGCUUCAAGCUUCUUUUGUUUGAUAUCCCCUUUGUGAUUAUGGGAUCAGCAGACAGGGCUGUGCACAUUCUCACUUAUAACUAAUGGCAACAAAAUCAUUGCCCAAUUUUUUCCACUUGAAACAAAUAGUAGAGGAGAAAUGCAGUUAUUGUUGUAAAGGGAAGGAGAAAGAGCUCUGAUCUUUUACUAUGUCCUCGUUAAGGUUAUUGCCGUGUUUUUCA